AUGAGUAAUCCCAAGUAAGAUUUAGAAAUAUCUGAAGACCAAGAUGUCACCAAGAAGUUUAAGAGAGUUAAUGAAAACGGUAUAGAUGAAGGAAAUGAUCAUUAAAAGAAGCUUCACGAUAACAUUAAUUCUAUUUUUGAUGAAGAUAGGGAAAAAUUUAUCGGAGAAUUUACUUGUAAAGAUUAUACUAUUAUUAGAGGAUAUAUAAAUGGUAAUGGCAAACAACUUCGUUUAUACUAUACUAAGCUUGAGCCUUUUGCAGUUAAGAAGGCAACCGUUUGUAUAAUCCACGGUUUUGGUGAGCACUCUGGACGUUUCUUACAUAUUGCUGAUUAGCUUGCUAAGGCUGGAUGCGUCGUUUAACUCAUGGAUCUUAGAGGAUUUGGUUACUCUGGUGGACCUCGUGGUGCUUCAACUAUUGAAGAACUUCACUAAGAUAUUUAAGUUCUUUUAAAAUAGGCUAACAAAGACUUGCCAUUAUAUUUAUAUGGACAUUCAAUGGGAGGUUUGCUUGUGAUUACUUUGGCAAUGAGAAAUCCUGUAUUAAAUAUAGCAGGUGUCAUAACUACUAGUGCAUUAAUUGGUUUCCCUAAAGACAGAAAGAUGAACUUUUUUAAGGCUUACUUAGUAAAGGCUCUUGGUAAGAAGUUAGAAGAUAUAGUUAUUAAUUCUAUGAUUCACCCAACAGCUUUAACUAAGAACAAUGAAUAUAUUAAAAAGUGCUUUGGUGAUCGUCUUAUGAUUCCUUUCUUAGGAAUGAAUAUGGCCAAGAGCAUUCUUGAAGGCACAGAAUACGUUCUUCCAAACGCUUUUAAAUUCUCCUUCCCCUGUUUAGUCAUUCAUGGUCAAAAAGAUAUGGUUACUAAUCACUAUGAUUCUAUUGCAUUCUAUAACAAAUGUUCUAGUAAGGAUAAGACACUUAAAUUGUUUGAAAACGGUUAUCAUGAAAUGUAACAUGAUGAAGAAUGUGAUGAAUUAAUUGAAACAGUAAAAGAUUGGAUUUUAAAAAGGGCUGAUAGAGCUAAACCUUUAGGUUUGAUCACUAAAUUGAAAUGUGGAUUAGAAUCUAAAAAAUAAGGAAGCAAAAUAAAAAAAUUCAUAAUUUUCUUAAUUAUAGCUGUCUAUUGCUUCUACUUGUUCAAGUUUAGAAAUCAUCCUCUUUUCAAAAAAUCAUUCAAAUAUUGGAUUAUCUCUCCUCUGAUUAACCUUUAUAUUCAAUACAAGAUGUUGGGCUGA